AUGCAGACAAUGGGAUCAUACGUGCUGUUGGAGAAGGCUGUCACAACCCCUGAUACGGACAUCGUUGGCAGUGGCGAUGUAGAAGAGCAAAUCCUUGAUGCUCCCAAACGGUCACCAUUUUAUCAGCUCAAAACCCUUUUCCUCUUCACCAAAAGCGACUUCAAGACCGUCAUUGUCCCACAGAGCAUCUUCGCUGCUACAGCAGCAUUGUCAAAGACACAGCUGACGACAGCAAGCUGUGAUGGGAACGAAGUCACAGAUGGAUGGGGUGUAGUCUCCCGCAUGCCAUUGAUGCUUGCGUGGAUCUGGCUAAACCUCCUAGUCGAAGACAUUGCCAACCAACGACUCGAAGGAGCCAUUGUAGAAGACACAGUCAACAAGCCAUGGAGGCCACUACCGUCACGUCGACUGACACCGGAGCAAGCUCGAGACUGGCUCGUCAUCGCCAUCAUGGCCACCGUCGGCUUCAGUCUUCUCUUUGGCGGCUACAGCGCGAGCAUAACCUUGAUGGUCUUCAUCUGGAUAUACAACGACCUGGAAGGAAGCAGCAGCGGCAUCUGGAUUCGAAACGCCCUCAACGCUGGGGGCCUCAUGUGCUUUAGCUGGGGCGCCCUGGCCACGCUAUCCGGCGGCGAGCUGCUGCCACGCGGCUUCGCUUGGAUCCUGGCGACGGGGGCCAUCAUCAUGACAACGGUCCACGCGCAGGACCUGCCGGACAUUGAGGGCGACAUGGCUCGCGGGCGGCUCACGAUGCCCCUGACGUACGGCGAGACCGCGGCACGGGCAUCGCUGGCGGUCAUGGUCAUGUUCUGGUCGGUAGCGUGUCCGUUCUUCUGGGAUGCGACGCUGUGGGGAUGGGCGGCAUCGACAGGCAUCGGAAGCACCAUGUCGGUGCUCGCGCUGCAGAAGCGAGGCCAGCGGUGGGACGAAGUGGUGUGGAAACUGUGGUGUCUGUGGAUAACGGUGCUGUAUAUGCUGCCAGCAAUGGAGAAAUAA